AUGAAGUCCACCACUUUCGCACUCGCUUCCGCCGCCGUCCUUCUGGGCGCCUCGGUCCCCGUCAAGGCUUUCAACCUUGCCUUUAGAAACAACUGCGGCUUUGACGUCUGGCCUGGUGUUGGCAAGGCUCCCAACGGCCAAGUCGAUGGAAGCGUCGCUUACGGCGUUCACCUGGCCCCUCAAGGCACGGCCAACUUUGGCGUCGACGACCACCAGAUCGGAAUUCGUUCUUGGGCCCGUCUGGGUUGCGACGGCAACGGCGACAACUGCCAGUCCGGACACAGUCUUGGGGGCCUGACGCCUACCGAUGCCGGCAUCAACGCUGGUGUGCUGUACAGCGUGAGUGUAGCUAGCCCGCUCUGAUCAUGAUCAGACCAGCGCUGACCUUGCCCUAUUGCCCACGCACGACAGGAAUUUGGGUUUGGUGACUUUGGCGCAUACGGAGGGCAACGCAUCUCUUGGGAUUUGAGCCGCGUCGACGCGUCCAUCAACGUCGACACUUCCAUUGUCGCAUCCAGCGGAAAUCCCAACUCUGCUACUUGCCGUCAGAGCAACUGCCCUGCCGACCAGGCUUACGAUGUCUACAACGACUACGCCGCUGACCGCAACUCUGACCUUGGAAGCAACUUCCAGAUCACGUACUGCCCUUAG